AUGAAAGCUUUCACCUAUGUUGGAGGAAUGAACCAAGAAGACGUUCCACCUCCAGGUACAGAACUUCUCAUUAUCGAUCCUUCCGCAGCUUCCCUUUCCUAUUACCUAUGCAAUCUUUGUAAGGCUACCUUGCAGAAAAUAAUCUUUCCGCCAGAUUGCAAUGUGAAGUACGUGGAAGCGAGUGCCUUUGCAAAUUGCCAAGCGUUCCAUACUGUGGACAUUCCCGCCACCGUGAGGGCCAUUGGAAACGAUGCGUUCUAUCAGUGUACAGCUUUAAUGGAACUAUAUCUGUCAGAAGGAUUGGAACGGAUUGACAAACGGGCCUUUUAUGGAUGUUGUUCAUUGUCUAUAGUCGAAUUUCCAUCCUCCCUAUGCAUGAUUGCCACCAGAGCAUUUUAUGGCUGUCGUUCCCUGAAAAAAGUAACGUUUGCUCAAGGGAGCUCGGCAAGGAAUCCUGCAAGAGACGUCUAUAUUUGCAGAGAAGCCUUUGGUCGAUGCUCUUCUUUGCAAAGAAUCAGGUUGCCGCGUAAAAUCAAGUUUCUGAAGGAGGGUACAUUUUCAGAAUGUGAAGGUUUGCAACAAGUUGACCUACCAGAUCGAUUGGUUCGAAUCGAACCAUGGGCGUUUUAUCAAUGCUCGUCCUUGCUUUCAAUAUCCAUUCCUUCCAGUGUCAACGUCAUUGAAAACAAUGGUUUUCGGCACUGUACUGGGCUGGUGUCUGUGGAGUUGCAGCCUGGAUCUUUAUUGAAAAUUCAGGAGGAUGCGUUCCGUGGAUGCAAAUCACUUUGCAACAUUUCCACCGAACGGUUGUCUGGAUUUACAUAUGCCCAAUCUGCUUUUGAAGAUUGUGAGCUGUUGAUGCCAAGACUCUUUGACGAUAUAGAUCGAUACGAAGGCUACCCCGUUCAUGCCCAAUGUUAUCAAGCUUCCACUUCCACUGCUGAAGAGCUCCGUGCUACAGCAGAAGCGAUGACACAAAAUGAAAACAAUCUGGAAGGGCAGCUAGCCGACGCAUUUUAUAUGACCCCAUUUCACAUCCUCCUCUCUGCGGCCAAACGUCGAAAAGACUUGCUUGAGGUACUGCUGGAUGUAUGCCCGACUCAUAUUCUUGGCUGGGAAGAUGUACUGGGAAAUCGGCCUUUGGACUACUUGGCUACUUCCUGUCGGUCGGACGAAGCGAAGAGAAUGAUGAGAAUGGCACUACACAAGUGGAUGGUUGCUUCGAUGACAACAUGGGGUUUGGAAACAUGGCGGACAGAUAUGAAACUAAAAGUGAAUGCAAUAUUGGACUGCUGCGAUAAUGAUGAUGAUACAAAGAAUCAUCGUGACUAUUUGUUGAAGAUUGCUUACCAAACGCUUUGGAGGUAUGAAAGACUGGAGGCGACGACGCUACUGGAGCUAUGGCUGUGGAAGAUGGAGAUGGAGGCUGCUCGAAUAGUAGACAAACGAGUUGCAGUGGACCGUUCGAGCACUCGACACAGAUGUGGUGCACCCUUUGUGAUCCCUACUGUCAUUGGAUAUCUAGGAACGGAACGAAUCGAGGUUAACGACGCUGUGCCUUUGAAAUAA